AUGAGUCUCCAAGAGAAGCCACUAGAAAUAAGCCAGCAAGAUGGUGCUGACAAGGGGCCUACCUCAUCUCCUCUGAGCAUUGAACUCAGCGAUGAUACAGCCGACGGAGGAGCAGCAAAGAAGUCUCUCGCUUUCUACCUGACAUUCGUCACUGUCCUCAUCAACAUCUUCCUUUACGGCCUUGACGCCACUACGUUGGCAGUAGCCACCCCGGCUAUUGCGGCUGACCUGGGAGGUACAUCGUUGGAGUCUUUCUGGGCCUCCAUUUCGUACCUUCUCGCCGUUAUUGUCAUCCAGCCGUUGUAUGCGGCGCUAUCCGAUGUCAUCGGUCGCAAACCAUGCCUCUUUGCCGCAUAUGCCUUCUUCUUUGCCGGCUCCAUUGUCUUCUCGCUGGCUCGCAACAUGGGUGGCGUCAUUGCAGGGCGUGUUCUGCAGGGCUUGGGUGGCGGCGGCCUAGAUGUUUUGAGUGAAAUUAUCGUCACCGACAUGACCACGUUGAAGGAGCGUUCCAUGUAUCUCGGGCUCAUGGCCAUCCCUACAGCCCUCGGAAGCAUCCUCGGGCCAACCGUGGGAGGUUUGUUCAGUAGUCUCGUCACAUGGCGGUGGCUCGGCUGGAUCAACCUCCCGUUUCUUGGGAUUUCCUUCACGCUGACCGUCUUCUUUCUUCGCCUUCGACCACUCGAACACUCCCGAUUGUCGCAACUCCGUCAACUGGACUGGGUUGGCAUGCCUCUCUUCACUGCGGGUACCGUGCUCUUUUCUCUUCCUCUUAGCUGGGCAGGAAACCUCUACGAUUGGGGCUCUUUCCGCACCCUUCUUCCUCUCUUGCUUGGAGUCGCCAUACUAGCAAUUUUUGCCUUCUACGAGAGCAAGCCGACAUUUCCAAUCAUGCCGCAUCGCAUUUUCAAAUCCAAAACAGCCUCAGCGACGUUAGCCAGCGUCUUUUUACACGGCGUUUCACUUUACUCGCUAUUGCAGUGGCUACCGCUACUCUACCAGGCUGUCAUGGCCAAGACCGUGCUACAGUCGGCUGUGUCACUUUUGCCCACAAGCGCCUCCUGCGUGGCGUUCGCCGUUGGCGGAGUCGCUAUUGUCGGACUGGCUAAUGCGGGAUAUCGAUGGAGCAUCCGGGUUUCGUGGGUAUUGAUAGUCGCAGGAACGGGAAUCCUCGCCCUUCUUCACCACGGUUCAUCGGCCUCAAUCUUGCAUGGACUUCCAGUCGUAUGGGCGGCCGGGAUUGGUCUGUUGCUCCGACUCUUGUUUCUCCCGCUACAAGCAAGCGUCGUUCGCGUUGAUGAUACAGGGCUGGCCAUUGGGAUUCUCUUGACUUUCCGGCUGCUUGGUGGUCUUGUAGGGCUUUCUAUCUGCUCUACAGUGUUCAGCAGCUACUUCUCGCGAUCCAUCGGAGCCAUUGGUGAACUUCCGCCGUCAUUGGAGCAUCUGCGAGAUCCAGAUGCGGCCGUAGCCUUCAUUCCUCAGCUGAGAGUACUUGAACUGCCAGAGGAAACAUUAUUACCUAUAAUACAGGCAUACCAAACUGCCAUAAGAGCGAUCAUAUACACAAUGACUGGCUUUGGGGGUCUCGGACUACUGAGUUCAUUCUUCAUAAGCGAUCUGAGCUUGCAAAAGACAGAGAGGGGACAGCAGCAGUUUGAGGGCUAA